AGUGACGUUUUAAAAACGUAAAGUGUCUUGAUCAAUUUAAAAAAUUUUACAAAAUUUUAAGUGUAUUUUCAAAAACCAUGCCCUAAAUUCAUUGAUUAAUUUAAUCCAUAUACAACAAUAUUCUUUUCCCAUGAUGGAGCAGAUGAAAACUAUAUUAUUAUUCUUGUGUUUUUCUGAAAUAACACAAAGAGCUGAUUUAAGUGGUUGCACCAUAUAUCCUAUACGUAGAGAUGCGCCUUUUCCCAUAAAUCCUACCAGCAAUACUCUGUUAUACCCUCGGCCGAGCGAAACCAGCAUUAGAUUUGCUCCAAAUACUCAGGUAGAAUUCUCCUGUCCAGAAAGUAAUGUCAUUGUACGAGGAAAUCUAGGAGACACGUUGAUCACAGCAACUUGUGAAGAAAAUGGUGCAUUUAAAAUUCCUUGGCAAUCCGAAGACCUUGUUUUUGAUUAUUCCUCACUUAAAUGUACCGGAGAACCUAUACCCACUGUCAGAAAAUUCAGACAUUAUGAACUCAAAUAUGGAGACCCCAAUAUUAACUGCCAUAAUAAGUUACAUCACAAUUUAGUAAUUCUAAAAAUUGGAUUUCGAAUAGACUCAUACGGUAGAUACCUUGAUCAUAUUGAUAUCUGUUUCGACACAGCUGAUAAGAUACCAGUCUACUCCCACUAUAACAUUUCUGCUGCCACAAAUAGUAGGGCUAAAGGUUUCCAAAAUCCCUAUUUUAUAAAAGACGAAAGCCACUACGAAUUAAACUCGGACUUGUAUCAACUUUUUAGAGAUGUAAAAUACACGGUAAAUAAUAUUGUAGGACUAAAUUAUGAUUCUAACAAAUAUAUAAACCAAGGAAUUUUUAUUAACAAAGGUCAUUUGGCUGCUAAAGCUGAUUUUGUAUAUGAAUCUUUACAAAAGGCUACUUUCAGGUUUAUUAAUAUAGCUCCUCAGUGGGACAAAUUUAAUGCAGGAAACUGGAAUGAAGCUGAAAUAAAUUCCAGAAAUUACGCACACAAUCGAAGAGUAGACCUGCAGGUGUGGACUGGUACUUACGGACAUUCAGUUUUGCCACACGAAAUUACCAACGAACCAAAACCUUUAUAUUUACAUGUGAGUGGUAGAAAUUCACCAAGUAUACGAGUCCCAGGAGUAUUUUGGAAACUACUUUAUGAGCCAGUUAGUAAACGAGCUAUUAUCCUUGUUGGUCAUAACAAUCCUUACGAAGCUGUAACCGCUAGGGAGAUGGUAUGCGAUCGAGAUGUUUCUUCCCAAGUUAAUUGGCUAUAUUGGGAUAAAUAUAAUCUUGUAUUAGGUUAUUCAUACGCCUGUGAAUACGACGAUAGAAAAUUUCAAAGUUUAGUAUCGGUUUUACCGCCUCUGGAAGUUACAGGUUUAUUAUAUUAAAGUAAUUACUCAAAUAGUUCUUUUUU